AUGACUCUGGAUCCAAAAGCCUCGCUGCGUAAACCUGCUUUCACUAUCGACAAUCAGGCGGAUCGGCCUCCUAUUGCCUCUGCCUCUUCCUCGACACCCGCCUCUGCACCACAUAACCACCUGUCCGGCUCCUUCUUGUCGACCUCCAGCGUAUCCACGAUACCCCCUGGGCCUUUGACUGGCAUUCUAGCCACGCCUCCGCACCCAUAUCCACACCAACCACCGACGGGUGCAACCAGAAGUUGUCACCAACCCUCGGACGAGGCUAUUAGACUUGCUGCCCAGCUGGUCACAGGGCGUGGUUUCGACAUCAGCCGACAUGGUCUGACUGCUGCUGCCGCCGUUCGUGAUCAAUCGGGCGUUGAUGGUGUUGCCUCCUCUGUCAAAGGCCUUACUUCAGCAUCUUUUGCCUUGGCCGGUCCUCCUUUUCGUAAACCGGCGCAAACUUGGAAACCGCCCGAUAGCCAAGGCUUCGCGAUCCCGCGUUUGAAGCCGCGUCCGACAAAACGACCAGUUGACCAGGGCGAUCUCGACAACGCUUUUGUUACCCCAGCAGCGAAGAAGCCGCGGCGACUUCCACCAGGCAGUCUUGACCUCCCCAAGCUUGCUCCUCCUCGAACUCCCGAGGACUUGCCCCUAUCCAACGGUGUCUCGCCAUUAUUCUUCUCUAACUCGUCCACGAAGCACAUGACGGGCCGUCCACCAAGCUUCUCCACUUCGGAGCCCUCCGCUGCCAUGCUACAUCGCCUGCGCGAUGAUCAAGGCACCGUCAGAACCGUCAGGCUUCCCAGGGGGCACGUCAGCUCUGCGAGUCCUGCCAGAGGUCAAAGCAUGAGCACUCCUGGCAGCGGUGGGUCCGCGGAGAGUCAUUCGUCUUCCAGGGGCCUGGACAGCCGCUUAAUGUCUCCAGAAGUACAGGAUCUUCAAGGCGUAGGCGUGAUUGAGUUAUUGGAUAAUGAUGAACGACCAACCUUCAUUAUCGACUUGAUGGACUCGUCAAAUUUUGGCCCUGGCCCGUUGAAAGUAGUCUGGCGGAAUGCAUCACUGAGAGCGGCCACUGGGGUAAACGAGCUAAUCUCCAAAAGCCCAGAGGACAGCGUCGAUUUCUCCCGGUUCAAAGCAUGGGCCGUCAGCUUUGUAAAGGACAAGAGGUCCAUGGAUGUGUGCUUACCGUCUCUGUCAUACGGAGGGAUCAGUUGGACAUGCUCGACCGUGAGAAACCGUUUCCGCUUCGUCAGCGGGAACAGUGCCGCGGUCUCAAUCACGCCCACCUCGCCGGCUCCUAUCGCACGCGCGUCAUCGAUUCUCGAACAGCGGUCUCAAGGACAGACCCCUGGCCGGGAUUCCCAGACCCCUGGCCGAGAAAGAGCCCUCAGCGACCUUGAUUAUUUUGGUGAUGCUGAGCCGGAUCAGGGCUUGGUUGCUUCACGCCGUGCACACUCAGAGCCCAGGGACUUGAGGGACAUGAGGCCGGACACGCCCGUUGUUUUGACAGAUAAUGUCUACGGCUUGGAUGAUCCACUGGCUGCACUCGAGCUGGCAUCGUUCGACUGGACCAGGAUCGUCGAUACAAGCGGCAUGCAACCACACUUACAGUUCGCCAGGUCGAGGAACUGGGAGGCCACUCCUCUCGGACCCAUUGAAGGAUGGUCAGCAGAUUUGCGAACCAUGUCAAAUAUGAUUAUGGGCAGUCCACACCCUGCUGCCAUGUACUGGGGAGCGGAAUACACGGCGAUCUACAACGAGGCGUAUCUAGAUUUGGCAGGUAACAAGCACCCGAAGCUUAUGGGCCAAGGUUAUAUGGAGGCUUGGGCGGAAAUCUGGGACGAGAUCAAGCCAGUAUUCGACGCUGCAUGGAACCAUGGCCAGGCCACCAUGAAAAAUGAUGAUCGGCUCUUCUUAAACCGAAACGGCUUCCUGGAGGAGACUUUCUUCAAUUGGUCUAUCGUCCCACUGCUUGGCGGCGAUGGAUCCGUGGUGGCUCUAUACAAUCCUGCGUUCGAAAAUACUCGCCGCAAGGUCAAUGAGCGGAGGAUGCUGACGCUCCGCGAGAUUGGUGAGAAGACAUCGCAUGCUCGCAACGUGCGACAGUUCUGGAGGCAGGUUCACGAAAGUAUGAAAUAUAACGAGUGGGACAUCCCCUUCGCCCUGAUCUACUCCGUCACCGAAGACUCGGAAAGCGAGGUCUCGUCGAUGCAUUCCGGCAGCGUGGUCAAUCCUCCGCAAAUAUUUCUUGAGGGCUCAAUAGGAAUAUCCGCCGAUCACCCAGCUGCGACGCCAUCGAUCGAUCUGAGGACCAGCGAUGAAGGGUUUGCGCCGUACAUGAGGAGGUCAAUGGCACAACCAACGGUCCCUAUUGUCCUGUCCAAGGACGAUGGAACACUACCCCAGAGCCUCAUUGAGGGCAUACAAUGGCGAGGGUUCGGCGAUCCUUCCAGAAACAUCGUCGUUUUUCCUGUGCAUCCAACAACCGGCGAGAGCGUUGUUGGUUUCGUCGUGAUGGGUAUCAACCCCCGGAGGCCGUACAACGAUGACUAUCGGUUGUUCAUCAAUCUGCUGUCCCGACAACUGGCGACUUCAAUGGCGUCUGUCGUUUUGUUCGAAGAGGAAAUCAAGCGUGGCCAACAGGCUGCGCGCCUCGCGGCGCUGGAUCGCCAGCAACUGUCAAUCCAGCUACGUCUGCGGACACAGGAGGCCGUCGAGAGCGAGUACAAAUUUACUCGGAUGGCGGAAUUUGCUCCUGUCGGUAUCUUCAUUGCCAAUGCAGAAGGAGACAUCAACUUCUGCAACGACUCAUGGUGGGAGAUCUCGAGGCAUCCCCGGACAAUCAACUCGAUCAAUACAUGGAUGGAGAGCGUACUGCCUGGCGACAGGCCGGCUGUCAAGGCUGCAUGGCGGAAGUUGAUCGAUGAGAAGGUCUCGAUUGUUCAGGAGCUCCGCUUCAAGGCAAGCCGCGAAUUCAAUGGCCACCCCAUCGAGACAUGGGCCUUGAUGAGCGCAUAUCCCGAGAAAGACAGUGAUGGUAUGGUCAAAGCCAUUUUUGGCGUGAUAACGGACAUCUCUCAACAGAAGUGGGCAGAGGCAUUCCAGAACCAGCGCCGAGAAGAGGCAGUGGAGCUCAAGCGGCAGCAAGAAAAUUUCAUCGACAUGACGAGCCACGAGAUGCGCAACCCACUGAGCGCCUUGUGUCAGUGCGCGGACGAAAUCAUCGGCAGCAUCGCAGCAUACCGCAAGAGCGAGCCCGAGAUCGCCGAGCGCUUGAGCAAGAUGCUUGAUAUCUGUCUCGAAGCCGCCAACACCAUAUCGCUGUGCUCGAAUCACCAGAAGAGAAUCGUCGACGAUGUCUUGACCCUGUCGAGGCUCGAUUCCAGGAUGGUAGAGGUGACGCCGACUGUUGUUAGUCCCGUAGAAGUCAUACAAACGAGCCUCAAGAUGUUCGACACGGAGUUGGCAUCGAACAAUAUCAAGGCCGAGUUCCGCAUCGACCAGUCGUACCGAGACAUGGGCAUUGAGCUUGCAAGACUUGAUCCGGCCCGCCUACAACAGAUCAUCAUCAAUCUUCUCACCAAUGCGAUCAAGUUCAUUCAGAAGCAAGAGGAACGGUCCAUCAUCAUCACCCUCGCAGCAUCCAAGGAGGCGUACCAGUCACAAAUUUGUGGUAUCGAAUUCUUCGACGAGGGGCCGGAGACUGAGCAAGACAUCACGGACAAGCCCGAUUGGGGCACUGGCGAGAAGUUCAACCUGCAUGUUUGUGUGGCGGACACUGGGCCUGGUCUGACAGAUGAGGAGCGGUCGAUGCUGUUCCAGCGAUUCCGGCAGACUUCGCCUAGAACACACGUCGAGUAUGGAGGAUCUGGGCUUGGUCUUUUCAUCUCGCGGAUGCUCACAGAACUACAAGGCGGUCAGAUUGGCGUCAUCAGUGAGAAAGGCGUCGGUAGUACAUUCGCCUUCUACAUCAAGAGCCGCAAAUCUGCUGAGCCGCAGCUGCCCAGCCCAUCUCUCCAUAAGGAGGGGGCUGAAUUUCUCACGAUACAACCCACAAUCGAUCAUGGGACUAUAGAUGUUCUGGUUGUCGAGGAUAACCAGGUCAACCAGAAGGUGCUGGGCCGCCUGCUGAGGAACUCCGGCUUCAGGGCACACCUGGCGAAUCAUGGUGGCGAAGCGAUCCAGAAGCUCCAGCGUUCAAGGCAUUGGAACUACGAGGCUGGAAUUGCCGAGGGCUACGGACCUUUGGGUCUGAGAGAAGAUGAGGAGACCAUCAAUGUCUCAAUCAUACUCAUGGACCUCGAGAUGCCUGUCAUGGACGGUACGACAUGCGCGCGCACGAUCCGGGAACUGGAGAAGCAGGGCGUGCUCACGGCACGCAUCCCGAUCAUAGCAGUCACGGCGUACGUCAGGCCUGAGCAGAUUGGGGAAGCGAGGGCCUCUGGGAUGGACGACGUCGUGUCGAAGCCUUUCCGCGCCCGUGAACUGACGCCCAAGAUCACGGAACUUCUACUUAAUCCGCCGAAUGGACAAACCCCGUACUCGCCUAUGUCUAUGGCCUCAACGGAUGCCGAUUCCGGUUUCUGA